CAUAAAGAUUCCCAUCCUUAUUUAGAGUUUUUAAAGAAGCUCCAUUGUUGAUUUCUUCAUAAAUAAGUAGUUAAGUUGAUUGUCUUAUGCUCAUAAUUCAUAUGAUUUUAUCAUAAAGCAGUUGGUCGGUUGCCAAUCGGGGCGGUGCCAGUUCAUUCUUGUAGGCCCUAUGGCCGGUGCCGGCGAUGCCUCUUUAACCUACGUUCUAGCUAUUUUGCUUCAUAUAUUUUGUAUAUAUACACCUUCUUCAUAGUAUGUAAACUCAUCAAAAGAAAUUGAUUAGGCACAGUGUUUCUUAGUCUUGAGCUUAGCUUUUAGGUGCAUCUCUUUUGUUUUUGCGAGCCAAAAUGGUUAAGUUAGCUUUUGGUAGCUUUGGUGAUUCUUUCAGUGUCGGGUCCCUCAAGGCUUAUUUGGCUGAAUUCAUUGCCACCUUGCUUUUUGUCUUUGCUGGUGUUGGAUCGGCUAUUGCUUAUGGUAAGCUCACUGCCGAUGAAGCUCUAGACCCAGCGGGUUUAGUGGCUGUAGCAGUGGCUCAUGCAUUUGCCCUCUUCGUUGGGGUGUCCAUUGCAGCCAACAUCUCAGGUGGUCAUUUGAAUCCGGCCGUCACCUUUGGGUUAGCUGUUGGAGGCAACAUCACCAUCUUAACUACUAUUUUCUACUGGAUUGCUCAAUGCUUUGGCUCCAUCGUUGCUUGCCUUCUUCUCCAGUUUGUCACCAAUGGCUUGAGCGUCCCAGCCCACGGCGUUGCUUCAGGAAUGACGGCUGUGGAAGGCAUGGUGAUGGAGAUUGUGAUUACAUUUGCACUCGUCUACACCGUUUAUGCCACGGCAGCUGACCCAAAGAAGGGUUCUCUCGGAACAAUUGCACCUAUUGCAAUUGGUUUCAUUGUGGGUGCUAACAUUUUAGCCGCUGGUCCAUUCAGUGGUGGUUCAAUGAACCCAGCCCGUUCUUUUGGACCAGCUGUGGUUAGUGGGAACUUGUCUGGUAACUGGAUCUAUUGGGUUGGCCCAUUGAUUGGAGGAGGGUUAGCUGGGCUGAUUUAUGGUGACAUUUUCAUUGGGUCAUACUCCUCAGUACCAGUUUCUGGAGAUUAUGCUUAAAGUGUUUUGCUGUUCAGGGUUUCGGUUUUAUCGAAAUGUUUCCAUUUCUUGCAUAAUGGGAUUUGGCAUUUGAGUGUGUUAUGAUUGGAGAAAAAAAGCUUGUACUUGUUAAUAAGGAAAUGUAAUUACAUAUGUUUUGAGUUUAAAA